AGUAACAAAGAGCUGUCACCAGCGUGGAGAGUGCCAGUAACUAAAUGAACCUUGGUGUGCUAGCUUGGUACAAAAGGGCUUAAUUCAGCCCUGUGGUUGAGCUGAUUACAAAUGGUUGCCACUUCCAAAUGCCAGGGGUGAAAUGGAGGAGGUGGCAGCAGAGAUGUGACGCCAGGGAACGUGGGAGGGAGAUCAAAGAGAUCCCCAUGGCAUGGGAGGGAUGGCAGAGGUGAGGCCAUAGCAGGACGAGAUGUGUUACUGCAGGAGAAGUAGCAGGGAGCCAUGGGCUCUGCCAAAACGAGUAUCAUUUGCUCCCAUAGCUUUGCAGCAGCAUUGGAACCAUCCAAAGGGGGCUAGCAAGGAUGUGGUGCGGGUGCCCUCCCCAUAAAGGCACAGAUGUGCUGGGGGGAUGCAGGGGUGCUUGCUGCACAUGGGGAUGCUAUCUCUGCCGUGUAGUGCUGGUGGAUCCCAGCAGAUGACCACAAGGAACCUGGGUUCCUUGUCAAGUCAGGAGCCCCUUUGUCAGCCACUGCUUAGUUUGUUUCCUUUCUGGCCCCAGCCUUCAUCACUUGUUACUUGUUGCAUGUAAUGCGCAACCCACAAAGGAAAAAGCCCAGUGAUGAACUCUGGCGUCAGGGGUGGAGGCAAAGCUGGGGAGCGGAACUGAGCACUGGUGCAGCCCAGCCUGCUGCUCGCACUGCCCUGCAGAGGCAGGAUGGAGGAUUUGGACGCAUUGCUGGCAGAGCUGGAGCAGAGCUCCCAGCCGGCCCCAACAAGCUACAUGUUGCUGACACCCAGCAGCAUGCAGCAGGAUGCACCUCCAGGCAAGCCCCCAGCUCCCAGCAACCAGAAGCCACUCACAUCAGCAGCCCCAAAGGUGCCACUGCCACCUCGGUCUCAGCCUUCAGGCAAAAGUUUGGAAUCUGUGUACAGCCCCGUGCCGACCCCACAACCACUGCCUGCUUCGCCAGAACCCACAGCGGCCGCCCGGCAGCUGGAUGAACUCCUGGCUGACCUGGGCCAGAUGCAAAGCAAGCUGGCAGCGGUGGGGCAAGGAGCCAGAGCGCCAGCAGCCCCUGAACACUCGCUGGACCACAUGCUGGGUGGCCUGACGCGGGACCUGCAGGAGCUGGGCAUCACCGCUGCUCCUGCCGCCGUCUGCGCCGCCUGCCACAAGCCCAUCGCCGGCAAGAUGUUCACGGCCCUAGGCGAAACCUGGCACCCCGAGCACUUCACCUGUGCCCGCUGUGGGCAGGAGCUGGGCGGGCAGCCCUUCUUUGAGCGUGGGGGGCAGGCGUACUGCGAGGAGGACUACCACCAGGCCUUCUCCCCACGCUGCGCCUACUGCGCUGGACCCAUCCGUGAGAAAGUCCUCACCGCCAUGGACCAGACCUGGCACCCCGAGCAUUUCUUCUGCGCCCAUUGCGGGAAGGUGUUUGGAGAUGAUGGUUUCCAUGAGCGUGGUGGGAAACCCUACUGCUUUCAGGACUUCGUGGUCCUCUUUGCCCCUAAGUGCCAGGGCUGUGAGCGGCCGCUGACGGACAACUACCUGUCGGCCCUGCAGGGCGUCUGGCAUCCUGAGUGCUUCGUCUGCGCGGACUGCUUGAGCAGCUUCACCAAUGGCUCCUUCUUCGAACUGGAGGGCCGGCCCUACUGCGAGCUGCACUUCCACCAGCGGCAGGGCAGCGUGUGCCAUGGCUGCGGGCACCCCAUCACUGGCCGCUGCAUCACAGCUGCUGGGCGCAAGUACCACCCCAAGCACUUCAUCUGUGCCUACUGCCUGAGCCAGCUGCACAAAGGCACCUUCCGUGAGCAUGGUGACAAGAUGUACUGCCAGGCCUGCCAUGACAAGCUCUUCCUUUGAGCUCCAAGUUCUGUGCUUCUAGGAGCUGCUGCUUUGCUUGGCUUCCCUAUCAUCAGCACCAAGAGCAUUGCUCCUGCUGAGCCAAAAAUCCCUAGGAUUGUACCCCUCUCAGCAUCCCCAGCAUUGCCCUAACUGAAGCAAACACCCCGUUGUCCCACCCCUCCACAACCACAGCAUUGUUCCUUUCAUAUGCAACAGUCCUGGCCUUACACCCACAAAACCCCAGCUUUCACUUGAGCAGGCUUCCCUCAGCCACUUCUCUUACAGUCGUUGUUGUUGCCAGAUUGAAAAAAAAAAAAAAAGUGCCUAAGAAGAAAUUGCUAUUUCUUAACUUGUACAAAUAAAUAAAAGUCAAUUAAGUGCUAGAUCGUGCAGAGCUGAAAUCCAGGGAGAGGCACACCAGGAGAAAGAUGUACUCUGAGGCUACACAGUGGUUCAGCUCCUAUUACUGUCUUUCAGCAGACACCAACCCCAGUGGCUGAUGUCCAGCUGAGUAGGAGAGCCCUAGCUGUAAAGCUAAGAAAGAAGAGGUAGCAGCCUCAUAUCCAACACAUACCAACAAAAAGACACACUUUAAAAACUUUAUUUAUAUAAAAAAAUCAUUUUGUUUGAAAAGCGUUACAAGAGUGUGCACAGGAAUCAGACAAGGAACAGUGGGGUGCUCCUGCCCCCUCCACCCUCACCCUGCAGCCAGCUCCCCUGCUCUGUGCAGGAGAGGAGGGAAGGGGGAAGCUUGGUUUUGUGGUUGUUUGUUU